CUCCUCCAGCCGCCCGAGCGCUAGCGCCAGCCCGUGGCUUGAGCCGAGGCCGAGUGGGAGAGUGCAGCGGCCGAGGGGGGGGAGGAGGAGGAGGAGGAGGAGGGACACCCCUUCCCGAUCUCCUCCCCGAUCGCCCCCCCUCGACCGACGCCGCGGGGGGAGGAGCAGGAGCUCCCCGACUAGUCGAGGAACCGACCGACGGACGGCGGUCGGCCCCAGGCGUCCGCUCCCCGGCGCCCACUCCCCAUGGAUAGGAACUACCCCAGCGCUGGCUUCGGGGAUCCGCUGGGCGCCGGCCCGGGAUGGAGCUACGAGCGCUCGGCCAAGGCCAGCUUGGUGUAUGGUGGAUCCCGAAGCUCGCAUCCAGACACAGAUAUUUUACACCGCCAAGCAUAUGCUACUCCUCAUCCUCUGCAGGGCUAUGCCACAAACCAUCACCCAGCAGGUCUUUCUGGCUUAUUCGAGACUGGGCUCCAUCAUGCCAGCAGUGCCACCCCCGAUGCCUCUGUCAUGAACCUCAUUUCAGCUCUAGAGUCACGGGCACCACAGCCGGGCCCUUCUGCUUCCUCCCUGCUGUCCCAGUUCCGCACUCCAUCCUGGCAAACAGCCAUNUACAACCGCAAGACACUCAACAAACUCAAGAAGAAUGUAUCCAAACCGCAGCCCGUAUCNGGAGGACAAGGACUGCAGACUUGUCAAAAUCAGACUUACUCUCCUGAGCAGCUACAAGGCUUAUCGUCUGUUGGGUACAGUGUUCAAACUGAGCCCCAUGUUUCUGUCAGCCAGACACCGAGCUACGUACCAGCUCAUUCUCAAGGGAUGCCCACAGCUAGCCCAUCGUUGAGUUACAGCACUGGCCAUUCUCCAGCUAUACCAGGGCACAGCCAGUCUAUUGGUUACUCCCAUGGGCAGAACCUUCCAGACUCAAGCCCUUCCCAAAUCAUCCGUCCUCUCCAGUCACCCACCACUAACCGGCCCCAGAGUGUGGCAUCGCCUGGCCAGACCCAGAAGUAUCUCACUUCUGUACUGUCUCCUUCAUUCAUGCAGACAGCUCACGCACAAAGUUACCAGGGUUCCCAAGGUGGGUUAGAGAGAGCAUCCUCUUACAAUAAAGCCAAGGCAGACUCGGACCUGCUGUCAUCUGAGAGAACCGAAGAUGAAGAGUUUUUAAUCCAGCACUUGCUGCAGUCACAGAGCCCACCAAGGGUGCCCACAGAGGGCAUGGUGGAGUGUGAGGAGAGGGCAGGGAAAGGGAUGGGCUAUGAAUUGAGCAAGACUGAAGAGCGUUACCAUUUGCAGAGUGUGAUUCGGACCAACUCUAAUCUGGACAACCAAGGGCUGGAGAUGUCCUUGCAAAGCUUAAAGGACAAAAAGAAAGGAGAGAGGUCUAAAGAAUACUCCCACACGCGUUCCACUCCAGAGUCUUUGGCCACCUCUGUGGUCCAUUUCAGCCAUCAAGCUGGCUCUAUAGACUCUUAUGGGCAAGACAUAAAGAAGUCAGUGGAGCAGCACCUCCAGAGUGGCCACAUGGAUUCAAGCAGUAAGGAAAUAUCUCAGGCCCAUUCUUAUUUGCAGAAGACUCCUGAGCAUGCCUCCCAGCCACAUCCCAUGGAGUCCCAUGGAUUGAUGGCUGGCCAGCAGGGUGCUACCCUGAUGUUGGACUCCCCUCCUGAUUUGCCACCUCUUUCCCUUUCCCAGCAACAGCAGCAGCAGCAGCAGCAGCAGUCCCAACUGCUCCAGUCAGUGCUCACUCACACCCAAACCCACAUGCAGUCUCGUGGAAAGGUUCACACCUCGCUGGAUGUCCAUCUUCUGGAGCCUCAGCGCAUGCAUCAGGCUGAAGCACCCUCACCACAGCUUCAAAUGCAAGCAUUGGAAGUCCACCUCCACCAGGCCCAUGUUCGUUCUCAGAGCAUGGAAGCACAGCUUCUUGAGCCACAGCAGUCCCCUCAGCUUCAAGGCCAGCUGCAGCCAGAAAGGAUGCAGUCUGACGGCAUGGAGGUGAUAUCCCAAGGCAACCUUUCCCAGUCUCAAGAGAUCCAGAACUUCUUAGAGCCCGAGCUGAGUUUGGAAUCCCACUUGGGACAAAGUGGGACAGUGCAGAGUCAACAGCAUCUUCUUCCAGAUUCCUCUUUGGACCCCGAUUCCACUCAGCAAGUUCCUCAAGGCCAACUUGAAGGCAAGGACCAGUUUGAAAGCCCCAGUCCUCAAGGAGCCAAGCAACGGUUUGUCCCCCUCACUUCCAUCUGUUUCCCAGACUCUUUGUUACAAGAUGAAGACCGUAGCUUCUUCCCUGGCAUGGAGGACAUGUUUGGCCCCCCUCCCUGUGCUGGGGAUGAGUUCCCUAAGCAAGACGAUGGCACACAGGGUAUGGAGAGGGGUGAAGAAAUGAAAGGAGGUUAUGAUAUAAUGCCUGGUGGACAAGGCUACCAGAGUUACUGCCAAUCAGAAAGUGGGGAUGGGCAGCACUUGGGGUUAGAUACAGUGUCAGUCAAACACGAGUUGCCUUCUACAGUCAACACAGAACAACUGGGACUGAUUCAGUCUGGCCAACAUGGGACAGCUCCUGUUUCAGAAUCCAAGUCAGGCCUGACCUCACCAAUCUUCUGCUCUUCCAAGCCCAAGAAAUUGCUAAAGACUUCCUCCUUCCACUUGCUGAAAAAACGAGAACCAUCUUUCCAACCUCCCAAAAAAAACUAUGCCCAGGAGUAUGAAUUUGAAGACGAUGAGGACAAGGAGGAUGUCCCAGCUGACAUCCGCCUCAACAGCCGCCGCCUGCCUGAUCUGCUGCCUGACCUCAUUUCCAGCUGCCGGACAAACCGGACCAGCCUUAACCCCAUGGGUGACAUAGACUUUUGCCCACCAAACAGCAGUCUCAUGGAGGGGCCCAAGCGGCGAGGCCGCAAGCCCACCAAGCCUAAGCGGGAGGGCCCACCCCGCCCUCGUGGGAGGCCACGCAUCCGGCCCCUGACUGAACCGCCCCAUGGUGUGGCUCAUGAUGGCACCAAGAAGCCCCGUGGCCGGGGAAGAGGGAAGGCCAAGAAAGCCAGGGAGGAGGGGGUUGAGCCAGGUGCAGACUUGGAAUCCCUCAAACCACUCAAGCUCAAACUGCCAGUCCCCAAAGGUUUGGAGGGCUCUCAAUUGGAAGCUCCAACCCCAUCUCACCAGCCCACCCAAGAGAGCAACUUGGAUAGCAACCAAACCAGAGAGAAGAUCAAACAGAAGAUCAAGGAGGUGGAAGAGAAGCAGCCUGAGAUGAAGUCAGGGUUCAUGGCCUCCUUCCUGGAUUUCCUGAAGUCAGGCAAGCGUCAGACGCUGCCUUCCACCGCCAUCUCCUCGGCAGUGACAAUUGGGGCUUCCAGUGCAGCGGGACCUGUGGUCUCUUCUGCAGGCAGUCCAUCCAAGACGUCACACCCACCAUCGGCUACGUCCUCCCAGCACCAACCUCCCUUUAGCAUGGCACCACCAAUGCUAUCUGGUGGUUUGGAUGGACCUGAAGGAGAUGCAGCUGGGCUUGUCAUGAGUUGUACCAGCCCCUGCAAACGGCUUGACGAGGAGCUGAAGCGUAACCUGGAGACAUUGCCCUCAUUCUCAUCAGAUGAG